AUGUCGCUUUAUGAAGAGUCUGAUGGUAUUCUGGAGACCCAUGUGACGUGGCAAGAUGUGGAAUCGGAUCUCCAGAAGAAACUUGGAACGAAAGCCACGUUUGGAGAGAAUAAGACGGCGGUUAAUAUAAUUGAUAUGAAGGUGAGUCCCAUAGUUGAGAAAACUAUAAUUACAGGUCUAGAAUUUCGCUCCAAAACUUCUAACAUACCUGAAAACAUUGUUGUACAUAAUUGGCAGGAAUACAGCACAAAACCGAUUGACUGUCGAGAGCACAUGGAUGUGAAUAUUCACGUCAUAGCAGAUAAGCAACACGUAUCCCACAUGAUGAGAAUUGUCUCUUAA